AGCCUUGGACAGGCGGAUGAACAUUGUUUCCCUUUACAGAUUGUCGACAACAUGGCAUUUGUCCACGACCCGUUCUCGAUGGAUGGACCAGGCGGAUCUUUCUUGAUGAACUGGGGCACCCCAGGCGCCAACGAGACAGUCCAUGCGUACAUCGUCAAGAACUGCCCUAGAGAUCGUGUUCUCCACACGUUCACCUUUCCCGUGAAAAGGGGAGUCUGGUAUUAUAUUGGCGCCCAGAAAUGGGUCGUGAAGGACAUUUUCGAGGUCUGGUCCACUCUGGGUGAUAGAGUAAGUCUGAGGAGCCUUAUACGAGGAUCGUUGACUUUAAUUUUCGUCAAGGCUAAGGAAGUCGUCACCGGUAAACUACAGAGACGUUGCAACCGCAGGCUCUCCCAGCAAGAAAUUGCUGAGAUGAUUCAAGAUGGGCGACUGCAGCAAUUCUGUAUUGAAGUGAGCGGUCGUUCAUUGAAAGAUGUCAGUCGAGCAUUUGCGAAGACGAGUUUAGGUUAUGAAGGAGGGAAUGUUGCCCAAUGAUCCUGAUAAUAUCUUGAUGUCUCUUUUUCUUUUUUCGUUGUCAUUUUUUGUACUUGGUGCAAUGGUGAUGUAUAAUCACGAUGGAGGACAGGAUUUGCACGAUAUAUAAUCUCAGUCUGACUGAGACGGGUUUAGGCCCGAUGAUCCGAGUCUUGAUGUCUUUUGUUUCGUUACCAUGUUUUAUACUUGGUACAACAACGGAGGACAGGAUUUGCACAAUACAGUCUAACAC